GUUUAUAGAUAUAAACCUUGCCCGCCAGCUGCAACCAUACUUAUCUAUUUUGUCAUGAUUUAUCUCAUAAUUGAAUGAUUCGGCAAUCGACAUGUUCACACACGGUUAACCUUAACAUAAUAUUAACUAUAACACCAUCCAGCAUCUAUAUGAAUGGCGUAUUUUCGAAGUUGAUGACCGAAGUCGUUUUAUAGUCUAUUAUGAAGUAUUGAAAUAUGAACUUGUGGUUUGUUAUAUUAAAACUUAAAACUUGUUUAACUCCAAAUUAACUUAAUAGUAUAAUCGGUCACAACUCAAAACUAUUAUAACGGUUUAAAUUAAUUGAAUUUGUAAUUAAAAAAACUUAUAUUUCAAUAAUAUUUGUUAUAGGUCCAUUAAUUUUUAUGAAGAAAAACAUCAAUACCCUUAUCCGGGCCCGUAAUUUUUAAUUUUAUAAAAACUUAUUUAUUUGAAUUUUAAAAUAUGGAGAGAAAGACUCGUAGGAUGAAAAUGAAGACAGUGGAAAGUUUAGUUUGUUUGGUGAAAUCAGUAGAAAAUCAAUUCACCACUAUUGAUUUACAAAACGAAACUUCUGUUGAUAUGAAUGUGACCUUAUGCAAUGUCACUGUUACUGAUCCAAAUGGUAAUCGAUAUUCUUGUGAUAAUUUCUUUUUAAAAUCAAGAUUGAUACGUUAUGUUCAUUUAUCUCGAACAGUUGAUAUAUUUCAAGCUAUGAAAGACGUAGUUAGAAAAACCUUUCCUGCUAGAGUUAAGAGACCAGCUGCUUAUACUUUGAAGAGAAAGAAAAUAAUAGCUAGACAAGAAAAACUUAAACGGGAAGUACAAAAUAUGAAAAGUAAAGGUCCUAAAUCCUAGUUACAGUGUAUUAGUAUUCAUAAUUAAUUUAAGAUAUUUUUCAAUUGUAAAUACCUACAUAAGAUAUGAUUAAAACUACUUUUUCAAUACCUCUGAUAUUUUAGUUCUAUUUUACAUAAUACGGCUGUCAUGGAUAUGUUCUGAAGAUAUUAACUCAACAAUGUAUCUGUACAUUUUACUAAUUAUUAAAUAAAUUAUUUGAAUUUUUUUUUGAAAA